AACCUCAUAGCGACAGAGACUCGCAGGCUCGUAGCCACUUUUGCGUCUCUCUCUCGGUCUCGACAUCUCACUUCUCUCUGUUGUUCAUAUUCCUCGAAUUGAAGCUUGUCCACUGCAAUGGCGGGGAUGGUACCUCCUGGUACAGCCAUGCUAGUCCAGGCUUCUGCUGCUGCAUCAGCCACUAAGAUCAAUGAAGUUGGGAAGAAAGUAGAUUACAUGAACCUACCUUGCCCUAUUCCCUAUGAAGAACUCCAUCGCGAAGCUCUUAUGUCUUUAAAGCCAGAGCUUUUUGAGGGUAUGCGCUUUGAUUUUACCAAGGGACUCAAUCAGAAAUUCUCUCUCAGUCACAGCGUGUUUAUGGGACCUAUGGAACUUCCUUCUCAAUCUGCAGAAACUAUUAAAAUCCCUACUGCUCACUAUGAGUUUGGUGCUAACUUUAUAGACCCUAAGUUAAUGCUUUUUGGGAGGGUGUUGACGGAUGGGAGACUAAAUGCUAGAGUGAAGUGUGAUUUGACCGAUGAUCUUACUCUGAAGGCUAAUGCUCAGCUUACAAAUGAGCCCCAUAUGUCACAUGCCAUGUUCAACUUUGAUUAUAAGGGUAAAGACUAUAGGACCCAACUUCAACUAGGAAAUGGGGCCUUAUUUGGAGCCAGUUACAUUCAGAGUGUGACCCCACAUCUGUCUUUGGGCGGUGAAGUGUUUUGGGCUGGUCAACAUAGAAAGUCUGGUCUUGGAUAUGCUGCUCGUUAUGAGACAGAUAAGAUGGUUGCAACUGGGCAAGUUGCUAGCACUGGAAUGGUUGCUUUGAGCUAUGUUCAAAAAGUUUCUGAGAAGGUUUCACUAGCGACAGACUUCAUGUACAACUACAUGUCAAGAGAUGUGACAGCAAGUGUUGGUUAUGAUUACGUCCUUAGACAAGCCCGUGUAAGAGGAAAGAUUGAUUCCAAUGGUUGUGCAGCAGCCUUUUUGGAAGAGCGUUUAAAUAUGGGUCUCAAUUUUAUCCUCUCCGCAGAGUUAGAUCAUAAGAAAAAAGACUACAAAUUUGGGUUUGGGUUGACAGUGGGGUAAUUGAAUUGAAGGCCCGGAGGGAGUGUAUCAUCAAAUGUUACAUAAACUUGAUUCUAGCUACUCGGCAAGUUUUCCAGGUCAACUUUGCGUUUGGUCUGAAGGUCAAGGGGUUCUUUAUACUGUUAUGAGCGAACAUUAUUUGUGGGGCAAUUGCAGUUGCAGCUGCUGCCAACAGUUUUAGCUUCAUUAUUUAUUGAAUUGGUAAUUAUCUUGAGAGCGAGCUCUCUCUUUGAUUUCCAUUUCAGAGGUGUACGAUUUUAUGUCGAUGAAAAGUAAGUAUGCUUGACCCAAUAAGGUUUCCAUUGAAUGCACUUGAUGCUUUAUUCUUGAUAUUAUAUAUCAUAAGCUCCGAGCAAAAAGAUUUGUA